AUGUGCUCUGUUCCGUUCCGUGUCAAAUUGAGUGUGGAUGCAGAUAUGGAAAGCUUCAAAUAUCCUUUCAAGGGUAUUAAAAACGACCUUCGAGGAAGAGCAGUGUACUAUAAAGAUGAUUGGAAAACUGGUCUCUAUUCAGGAGCUGGAAUAUUGGCCCCUACUACCUAUAUUUUCUUUGCUUCUGCUCUUCCUGUGAUUGCCUUUGGCGAGCAGCUAAGUAGAGACACAGAUGGAAGCUUGAGCACAGUAGAAACACUGGCUUCUACAGCUAUUUGUGGAAUCAUACAUUCAAUUUUGGGUGGCCAGCCUCUCCUAGUUGUAGGAGUUGCUGAACCCACUAUCAUUAUGUACACCUAUUUGUACAACUUUGCCAAAGAUAACGAUUUCUUGGGUCGAGAACUCUUCUUAGCUUGGGCAGGAUGGGUUUGUGUAUGGACUGCUCUGUUGCUGUUUCUCCUUGCAAUAUUCAAUGCUGGAAAUAUCAUCAAUAGAUUUACAAGGAUAGCGGGUGAGCUUUUUGGCAUGUUGAUCACAGUCUUGUUCAUUCAAGAGGCUAUAAAGGGCAUUGUAAGUGAGUUUAAUGUUCCUAAAGAGGGAGACCCAACUUCGGAAAAGUACCAUUUUGAUUGGCUGUAUGCAAAUGGGUUGCUGGGUAUUAUAUUCACCUUUGGCCUUCUCUAUACUUCUUUGAAGAGCAGAAGAGCAAGGUCAUGGUUGUACGGCACAGGUUGGUUUAGAAGUUUCGUUGCAGACUAUGGGGUGCCUUUCAUGGUGGUGGUGUGGACAGCACUAUCAUUCGUAGUACCAAGUAAAGUGCCUUCAGGAGUUCCCAGAAGGCUCAAUUCUCCUCUUGCUUGGGAGUCUACAUCUUUACAUCACUGGACAGUAAUCAAAGAUAUGGGGAACGUUUCUCCGACGUACAUUUUUGCUGCUUUCAUUCCAGCCUUAAUGAUAGCGGGGCUUUACUUCUUUGAUCAUUCUGUUGCUUCCCAGUUGGCUCAACAAAAGGAAUUCAAUCUCAAGAAACCUUCUGCAUACCACUAUGACUUACUGUUGCUAGGACUAACGACUUUGAUUUGUGGAUUAAUUGGCUUACCCCCUUCAAAUGGAGUUCUACCUCAAUCUCCUAUGCACACCAAGAGCCUGUCUGUUCUCAAGAAACAGUUGAUCCGAAGAAAGAUGGUUCAAAGUGCCAAGGAAAGCAUAAGUCAGAAAGCUAGCAAGUCUGAAAUCUAUGGAAAGAUGCAAGCAGUGUUUAUAGAAAUGGAUAACUGUCCAGAUAAUCAUUCAGUGGUCAAAGAACUAGAGGAUUUGAAAGAGGUUGUCUUGAACGGUGAAGACAAAGGAGUUGACAACAAGAGUACCUUCGAUCUUGAGAAACACAUUGAUGCAUAUUUGCCUGUCAGAGUAAAGGAGCAGAGAGUGAGCAAUCUUUUACAAUCAAUCCUUGUAGGAGCAUCAGUCUUUGCUAUGCCUGCCAUAAAAAAGAUACCAACUUCUGUUCUCUGGGGAUAUUUUGCUUACAUGGCCAUUGAUAGUCUUCCAGGAAAUCAAUUCUGGGAAAGGAUCCUACUCCUUUUUGUAACACCUAGUAGGUGGCACAAGUUGUUGGAGGCGGAUCAUGCAUCCUUUGUUGAGUCAGUACCUUACAGAUACAUAAUAUUCUUCACACUCUUCCAAUGUGUGUAUUUCUUGGUUUGUUUUGGAGUGACAUGGAUUCCCAUAGCUGGAAUACUGUUCCCCUUGCCUUUCUUUUUGCUGAUCACAUUGAGGCAGCAUAUACUCCCCAAGCUGUUCAAACCUCACCAUCUUAGGGAACUAGAUGCAGCUGAAUAUGAAGAAAUAGUUGCUGCUCCAGGACUAACUUUCAAUAAUUCUUUAAGGGAAGUAGAAUCACCCAGAGUUGGAUCAAUGGAAAUAGAUAAUGCUGAAAUAUUAGAUGAGUUAACUACAAAUAGAGGGGAGUUGAAGGUCAGAACUAUCAGCUUUACCGAGGAAAGAAAUCACCAGGUGUACCCUGAUAAAAAUGGAUCCCCAGGCACAGAUUGUUAG